CACGUGUGAUUCGUGCGUUGGGUGGCACGAAGAGCGUGACAAAACGGCGCCGUUUGGUUGAUGCCGUAACCCCAGCAUGGAAACCAUGAACCAUCGACGAGCGGCAGUGCGGGAUAGUUCGUUGGAGUCGUUAACGAAGAGCGGAAAGGGAUCGGAACAGGGAAGGAGAAAACCUAAGAACGGACGAUAUAAUAAGGAAGAGAAAAUGGGGACGAGGGAGAGGGACAGAGAUCUGGAACUUCUGAUACCAGUGGCCGAUUCCACAGUCAAUGGAGGAUCAAAGCCAUCGCCGCCUUCUGCAUCCGCCGCUUCUUCGCAUUAUCAUUCUGGUAGAGAGGCAUUCUUCAAAGUCCUCCGUAGCUGGGCUACAAGAAAGUUCAUGUCAGGAUGUGUCAUUUUAUUUCCAAUAGCCAUUACUUGCUACUUCACUUGGAGUUUCAUUCAUUUUGUGGAUUUCUUCUCUCCAAUCUACGAUCAUCUGGGGAUCAAUGUCUUUGGUCUUGGAUUCAUUACCUCCAUCACAUUCAUCUUCUUAGUAGGCAUUUUCAUGUCCUCGUGGUUGGGAACCUCCCUUCUUGCUCUGGGGGAAUGGUUUAUAAAGAAAAUGCCCCUUGUGAGCUACAUUUACGCCGCCUCAAAGCAGAUAAGUGCAGCAAUAUCACCAGCAGACCAGAGCGCUAAUGUCUUCAAAGAGGUGGCCAUCAUAAGGCACCCACGAAUUGGUGAAUAUGCAUUUGGAUUCAUCACUUCAACUGUCAUUCUUCGGAGGAGCACAGGCGAUGAGGAGUUCUGCUGCAUCUACGUGCCAACCAACCACCUCUACCUCGGAGAUAUUUAUCUCAUCAAUUCAAACGAUAUUAUGAAGCCUAAUCUCUCUGUUCGAGAGUGCAUUGAAAUCGUCAUCUCUGGCGGCAUGUCAGUGCCCAAAGUAUUGACCACAGAGGAUUCACAAGUUGUUCCAGCAGCUAGAAUUGGUAACUUUGCUCCAUGAGAAUACUGAUUGUAACUAUGGAC